AUGACCCAGCUGGGGGCUAUUUCUUCUGCUUCAGCUACACCCAGUUCGACAUCAUCCACUACUUCAACCGCAUCUCCAACCGUAUCUCCAACACCCACAAGCUCUAAUGAAGCAAAGCCAGCUUCGAAAACCGAUACUGGGGUGAUUGUUGGCGGCGUCGUCGGUGGUGUCGCUGGCGCAGCGAUCUUGAUUGCGCUUCUGUGGUUCUUUUUACGUCGUCGAAACAAACAACAAGCAAAGGAAAAACAAUCUACGUCUUCCCCUUCUAUAUACCACCCUCAGACGCCUCAAGCACAUCCGUUAGAGCUCAAUGCCGAGAAAGAACACCACAUUGUCGAACUAUCUGGCGGGCCUAUCACCUACCAAUAA